CGUAAUUUCAAACCCACUGCUAUCCGGUGCAGAUGAGAACUGCGCAUGCGUGUUUCAGUCUGCGCGAGAAGCCAGAAGAGGCCGAGUUGUUUAUACGAAGCUAUGAGCUCAUUAUAUAUCUGAGUGUGUCUCACACACACACACUGCAGGAUGCCAAUUCCUCCCCCUCCUCCACCCCCCAUAUGCAGCCAGGCGAACACCACUCCACCUAAACUGUCUCAGGAUGAAUCGAAAGGCAGAGGAGCAUUACUCUCUGAUAUCUGCAAAGGGACAAAACUGAAGCGAGUGGGCAUGGUUAAUGACCGCAGUGCUCCCAUGAUCGAGAAGCCCAAAGACGGUGUGCCGAAUGCUGGGGGGGGAGCCAGUGGUGGAGCCUUGUCUACAGGAGUGCAGCAGCCAAUGGGAGGCUUGUUUCAAGGUGGAGUGCCUAAACUACGACCUGUGGGAGAUGCUUCUGUGGGCAGAUCUUCACUCCAACCCCCCUCAUCGCGCUCUGCUGCGCCUCGACCUCCUGGUUCCCCUGACAACAGCGAUACUUCAUCCCACCAGUCAUCUCCCUCUCCCCCACCUCCUGCAAGUCGUCGUGGCAAUGCUCCACCUACUCCUCCUCAGAAAUGUGCCACACCUACUUAUAAUCGUGACAAGCCCCUCCCUCCUACUCCAGCUCCGCCGCCUCCUCCAGUGAAACCACCUCCUUCUCCAGCAAGCAGUCGGUCUUCGUCUUCAUCUUCUCUAGCACCACCUCCUCCCCCACCUCCGUAUCGCCAGCAGCUGUCUGUAUCUAAUGGAUCGUCUUGUCCGGUGAACGAACUUGCCCCUGAACUCCCACAGAGGCACAACUCAUUAAGCAAAAAGCCCCCGGCUGGAGGACACGCCUCUACUCGCGCUCAUGCCCCGCCCCCUCCACCACCAAGCCCCUGCCCCUCCCCCGCUUUCUCCCGUCCUCCUCCUCCAGUACGUGAUCCCCCUGGCCGUGGAGCAGCUCCACCAGUACCUGCACAGAUGUUACGGAAUAGCCGUGAAGCUCCGCCUCCUCCUCCAUAUCGGACACAUUCCGAUGCUCCCAGUAGGGGUAAACCUCCCCCUCCACCCUCACGCUCGCCUGCUGGAGCUCCGCCUCCUCCGCCACCUACUCGAAAUGGCCACACCCACAAUUCCCGCUCUUUUGCAGAUGAUUUUGAAUCAAAAUAUUCUUUCCAUCCCCUGGAUGACUUCCCACUACCAGAUGAGUACAGACACUUCACUAAGAUUUACCCCAGCAAAGCCACUAGAGUAAUGAGAGGAGCUCCUCCGCUUCCUCCAGUGGGCCGGUGAACACUGUGAGCAGUCUCUUGCACACUCACACACACACACACACACACACACACACUCACGCACACACACACAUGCACACAGACACACACUACACAAAUCCUGCACCUUAUUGACCAUGUCUCACUCUACAUUCCCUGUGGUGUGACCCAACUCCACCUGAUCCUUUGCGUCACUCACAGGGGAUGUUUUAUUACCAUGUAAAUUUGAUGUACACGUUAAACUGUGAUACCUAAAUAUAGGGAAAUAAAGUAAUACAAAUCUGGUACACAAGCUUAUUAGUAAACGUUAUGUCUGGGUUUCCAUUCGCUGUAUUUUCCUGCUGGACACACGGUCAAUCGAUUAAAGCACAUAAAUAUAUUUUUUUAAAGUAAACAAAGAUCCUUUCUGCAUGUCUCUAGAAUAGAAACACUGUUAAUUAUAGCUGUUUAAGUGUGAUGUCACUGCUGAUUCUCCCAAAUAUCAUUACCUGCUGCUAUGCUCUGUUUCAUAUCCAUUCCUGUAUCAUUCUCCACACAAUCACAGCUACAGUGGUUCGGUUCCUGAGACGAGAAUUAACGUGAAAUGUGUAGAGUUUGCUUAAUCAUUCCCAAAUCUCUUUAAGACCGUUAGAAAUGUACGCGUCAUUAAACUAGUACCAAAUGCUGUAAAUAUAAAUAUUAAAUUGUCCUCAGAUGCUUAAUUCAAAAAUUAAAAUGUCCUCUUACUUUUGGAGCUAAAGGCAGCUGAUCCCUAGAUCUAGUGGCAUAUAUUUCACUGUAAAGUUAAACAAUAGCUUUUCACUAAACAUGCUGUCUGAUUGUGUAUGUGACAAAAUCUGGCCACUUGGUGUCACUAUUGCAGCAUUAAUCUCUUCUGUCAAGUGUGAUAUUAAGGUCAUUACAUUUAUGCCAUUUGGCAGACACUCUUAUCUUAUGUACAGCAGUUUAGGAUUAAGGGCCUUGACCAGGGGCCCAAAAGUGGCAGUUUUGGUGGUCCUGGGAUUUGAACUUACAACCUUCAGAUCUGUAGUCCAACACUUUAACCAGUUAUCUGCCCAAUAUCAGUGUUAAUGUCACAGGUUUAAUAGUCAGCACGUUGUCUUUAGAGGAAAAUGUGUUUAUGGUGAAAUUUUGAUGAAUAAUUAAUCCAAUUUUACUUCACAUUGUCUUCAGUGCCAAGACGACCUGGAGGUUCUGUUUCAGUCUGGUUUAAAAUACAUGCAUUAUUUUGUUUGUCUUCCUGUCAGUCUGCACUGUGAUUAUUAGUGUAGUGAAAGUACAUUAACUUCUGUACCACUAAAUUACACAAACAAAUUGGAACUGAAAUAAUUGUUUAUUAAUUUAUUUAUUGUAGAUAUUUUUUAUGCUCAGUCACUCAUCCACUGAAUCACAUCUACAUUGUAAUGUCUCACAAAAAUGUUUGACCUUAGUCUUAUCUCAUUUGCUUUAUUGACAUUAUAAUUUUUUUUAUCUUUAUGGACUACAUAUUGUAAUGAUGUGUAGUGUUUUGUAUUCUUGUCUUUGUUGUCAUUUAUGCCUACAAGGGACUUCCAGCUUGUGUUCAUCUUCCAUGUGUUAUGCCUUAAAAAGAUGGAAUGCAGCUUUUUAUUGUAUUAACAUGUAUCCGUACCUGCUGAGAGAACCCACAGUUCCCUGUAGACCUGUUCCAUUACAACCUUGUAUUAAAGGCAUGUCGUGUUUGGGACUGACUCGGACCAGCACUGCGAUUGUCUGUGCUUUUCACUGUAAGUUUACUGUAUGACAUCACUUCCUGUCUAAGUUCCUGUAAACAUUAAAAAAAGUCAGAAAUUUA